AUGACAACAUCCUCCACGAUUCGACGUCGAGUUGCAGCCAUCACACUCAUUGCAUCAUGUUGUUGUCUUUUCAUACUUCUUCACAACAUUUGCAUGGUUUCGAAUGCAUCCUUUGCUCCACAAGAAAUUCGUUCCAUCACUCAAAGAUUUCAACAAUAUCUUCAAGUGCCAACUCAACAUCCAAAUCCCAAGUACGAUUUGGCCAUUGAUUUUCUCAUUCAUUAUAUUGAAACAAAUUAUGUAAAAUCAUCAACUUCUCAAAAAACGAAACCUACCAUCAUUGGAGGUGAUUUCAAAAUUUCACAUCAUGUGAACAAGUACAUUUCACAAGUUGGAGAAAAUGAAAGAUUCAAGUAUCAAGUCUUCUCAUGUGAUGGAACAACUCCGAAUUUUAUUUUAACAGUGAAAGGAAAGUAUCCCAAGGAAGGUUCAGUAUUGGUGAGUUCACAUAUGGAUGUUGUUCCUGCUGAUGAAGAGAAAUGGUCGUAUCCUCCAUUUAAUGCAACUGUUGUGGAUGUUUUGGAUGAUCAUCAAAAUGUGAUUGAUCGAAGAAUAUAUUCGAGAGGAAGCCAGGAUAUGAAAUGUGUGGGAAGUGCUUAUUUGGAAGCUGUGAAUCAAUUGUUGAAAGCCAAUGACAACUGGCAGCCAGAGAGAAAUUUACAUAUUGCGUUUACUGCUGAUGAAGAAAUUGGUGGUAGGAAAGGUUGGGGAUGUUUAUUGUCUCCAGAAUUAGUUGCAUUAUGGACAGAAUUGAACGUAAGAUUUGGUCUCGAUGAAGGAAUUGCCAGUGGAUUGAAUGAUGAUACUGUUCAAGUAUUUUAUGGAGAAAAAGCAAAUUGGUGGUUUGAAAUUACUAUUCCUGGAAAUGUCGGUCACGGUUCACAAUUUAUUAAGGACACCUCCACAGAGAAACUCCAUCGAUUAUUGAAAGACAAGAUAUUUCCAUUCAGAGAACAUCAAGAAUUACAAAUGAAAUUGUCCACCACCAAUCCAAGAAAGAAGAAAUCAAGUAGCUCUGUAAUUACCAUUAACUUGACAGGCAUUCGAGCUGGUCAUACAGAUCCAAGAACAGGUGAAUUCUCAAAUCCCAAUGUCAUUCCUCGAACUACAGUUGCCCUUUUCGAUAUGAGACUCUAUCCAGGAGCUGAUACGACCGAAGUCGAUCAUUUGAUUAGAAAUGAUUGGGCUGCUUAUGUGAACGGAAGUGUGAAAUUCAUUCAUCAAAUCAUGGAUAAUCCACUCACCGAUUUGAAUGAUCCAUUUGUUAAAAAGUUCGAAAGUAUUGUCAAUGAGAGAAUGAACACUGAUUUUGUGAUUGUUCCUGCAGGAACUGACGCUCGUUAUCCAAGAUCGAAAGGAGUGAAUGUGUUAGGAUAUUCCUACAUGCCUCGAACAAAGGUAUUAUUACAUGACAAUGAUGAAUAUAUCGAUGAGAGUGUUUAUGUGGAAUCUGUGGUGAACUACAUGCAUAUUUUCGAAAGAUUAUUGACCAAGGAUGAAUGA